AUGUUUGCGGCAACACAACAAAAUAACUAUCUUUGCUACGGUAAAGUUGCUGUUGCAAAUCAGAAGCUUAACUGGGAUGAUUAUUGGAUCAAAAUUAAUGGAUUUUGGAUUGAAAUCUCAAAGAAAGUCGGUCAGCCAGAUUAUUUCUUAAUUCCACUUGAUUUAACGAAAUGCGAAGGAGCAUACAAUGAAACAGGAUUCCAGAACUCCAUAUAUCUCGAAACUACAAAUCUCACAAAUUCAUUUAAAGUAUAUAUCGCAACAACAAACAGAUUAGACAUUUUACAGCUAUUCCAGACAAUUAAAACAGGUCAGAAGAUUAUAGCUUCAGCACUUCAAAAGCGCCAAAUCGAAAGAAUGGUUCGUCAUGAUGUAGAAACUGUCUCUGGCUUCUUUGGCUUAGGCAAAGAAAAGCUCCAAUUUUCAAUGGGUCCUCAGGGUCUUGAUUUGAGUGGAGGAAAAUCAGCUCCUCAACACUACGAUUGGGAUAAAGUUGUAGCAGUGUAUGCAAAGCAAAACGAUCAAAACUGCCACACGAGGUUAAUAGUUGCAGUAGAGGAAAAUGAUCAAACAUCUACAAAAGAAUACAACUGCCAAGAGCAUUCAAGCGUUAUGAACUCCAUUGCCUGCUACUUGAUGAAUAUAGCAAUCAAGCGCCAGAUGGAGGAGAAGGUACGCGCCGAAACUCAAGCAGCAAAUAACGCUCAGCCGCCUGCAUCUCCAAAAUAA